CAAGAGUCGAGUGUUUCCGUCGCGAAUUAUUCAGUCAGAAGAGCCGACAGCUGUGUGGUGAAGGCGGUUGCAGUCAGCCGUUUGCCCUUAUAUCUCAUACAGAACAAGCCUAUAAAUGUUGACAUCGUACGAACUGACCCUAGGAAGCGUGCUGAUAACAUGACAAUACUGAGUACAUGAAUGAUACGGUGCAGUUUUAAAUUUAAAUCAGUUACUGACAUGUAACAUCCGAGACGGCCGACCGAAAUGCUAACCAACAUACAGACAAUCGUCACAAGGAACCAUUAUUCUGUGUUUCGGUGCCUGAAACUGUCCAUUUUUUCCUCUGAAAGGCAUGCCUUCGCAGUGAAGAAUGUUUCUAAUCAAAUACAAGUGAAAAUGUCAGCGACAAAAACUUUUGGUCAGGAUUUCAUCACCACGCUGUGAGACUGAACAAGGAUGGGUAAAAAAGUGGUUGUCGGGCUAACAGCUGCUGGUUUUACCGUCUUCACGGUGUACUUGGCGAUGUUUCGUCACCCGCCAACGGCCGAGAUUCUGGCAGCCAACAAUCGAGAGAAGCAGACGAUCGAGAAGGUGCACAAGCCCGGAGACCCAGAUUAUGACCCGUACGACGAGGCCGAAAAAAGUUGGAACAACUUCAUCAUCGCCAGCGGUUAUGUUUCCAUUGGCAGUAUUUAUGACAAAUGUGACCCGAGUGAUCGAUUCACGGUGGGAAAAGUAAUUUUGAUGCCAGACCUAGUUUUCGGAGGUGUGACGUCGAGGAUUUUCGUCAAUAUAUCCCUAAACGCGGAUAUCACGGAUGGGUGGUUUCGUAUCCAGGUGAAGUAUAACGGUCAGGAUCUGUACGAGAACAACUUUGAGAUAUGUUUCAAGGACCCCAGCGUUCCAGACUCUCGACGGAUUAUCGUCUGCCCUAUAACAGAGGGAUACAAGACCUACGACAGAUUCUUGAAAGUUCCCAGAUACAUUCCAAAAGGUCGAUACACGGUGAAAGCCUGGGCCACGGACAAUACAGGGGAAAUCUUCUUUUGUGGAUUUGCAGAUUUCAUCUUGUAGGUAAUUUAUGAGGAUGACAUUGUUUGGGCAACAUAAACUGAGUAUGAGGCCUACAUUGUCCAUACAAACUGAGUAUGAGGCCUACAUUGUCCACAUAAACUGCACUCAGUGAGUACCAUGCGAACAAUUCCAUCUCAGCUCUGAAAUAAUGGUUUGCCUUUUAUCUGGGAAACAAUGCUACCUCUGAUGAGAAUUCGUUGAGAAGAAAUAUUACAUGAGAUUAUUUAGCCUCCUACUUUUGACGAAUAUAAGAGUCAACCUACAUACAUACAUGACGUAUAUUGUAUAUAGAUAUAUUGGAUGUAGAUAUUGGAUGAAAAUGAUUUUGUCCAUAAUGCUGUGUAUAACAUGUAGCCAGUUCUAAAUAUGUGUGAUCAAGGGACAAGUUUGAUCAACAAUACAAAUGAUUUUGCGUUGAAGAAUAUCUUCGGUAUGCUGACGUUUGAUAUAGACCACGCAUUCUCAGCGUUCUGGCGCUAUUAAGGAAUGUAUGUCGACUGAGACCAAUUACGACCAGUUUGGUGCAGUUGUAUUCUGUGUACUAGUAUAGAAUAAUACGCUAUCCUUUUAAUGCGUGAAACAAUAUAUUCCACCAGAAAACAGGAUUGAUUCGGUUUUUGUGUUUUUGCACAUCUCAGACGGGUAUAAACGGCUUUUGAUAAGAAGUGUGAUCCGUUUUUUGUCACGAUGCAAACUUAUAAGUGAUAUUGUUUAUGCCAGAGCAUGUAAUUAUUGGAUAGAGUUACUGUUUACAUAUUAAUAAACGCUGUGUAUGUAUAGUUGUUUUAUGCUUAAAGGGACAGAUGCGUGUAUACUACUGUAUCUUUGACAUGUCUUUCAGUUGCUUUUAAUGAAAUGCUCACCAUUUGUUUUCUCACCGUUGGUUAUUCGUGAUAUCAUUUCUUGUAAACUCUACAAUCCGUUUAAGUAAACUGUA